GAAAUAUUUCUUCCUUUGAGCAGGCAUGAAGUCAAUAUAAUAUAGACUGAAUUUGUGUGCUCAAAACAAAUACGGAUUAAUUUAAUUUCUGUGUAAGUGUUGUUUAGCUUCUUCGUUCACACUGGUGCAAAAUGCAUCUGUAGUAAGUAAACUAGAUCUUUUUUUUCUUGCUUACAAGCAUCAGCUCCCCCUGUUGUCCAUAAAGUGCAUCAUUCUAGAAUAUAAGAAAGGAGCUGUGUUCUUUGCUGUUCUUUUGUAACCUGACAUGAAGUAGACAGAUACCUUCUGAAGUUUUGUGCAUGCUGUGCUUUUUUUUUUCCUUGCUGCAACAAGAAAAAAACCUUUUCUUUUAACCUGGCUUCCUUUGAAGAAGUGACUCAGGCAGCUUCAUGGCCUCUCAAGAUAUUCCUGGGCACAUUCAUAAAACCCUAGAGGAUCCUCUUCCUGGUUCUCCAGAUCCACCAGAGCAACUUCAGUCUUCAGAGACAACCACCAAUUGUAAACAAGCCCAAUCCACUACCAGUUUGCCUCCUGGUUUGGAAUACCUACGCCAGCUGGACCAGAUAAUUAUUCACCAGCAAGUGGAGCUUCUUCAAGUUAUACUUGGCACUGAGACCUGCAGCAAGUAUGAAAUAAAAAACCACAUGGGACAAAGAGUUUACUUUGCAGUGGAAGAAAAUGGUUGCUUUGAUCGUAACUUCUGCUCACCUUUACGGUCCUUCACCAUCCGGAUUACAGACAACACCGGUCAAGAAGUUAUCACUGUGAACAGACCAUUAAGAUGUAACAGCUGCUGGUUUCCAUGUUAUCUGCAAGAGUUAGAAAUUCAAUCUCCUCCUGGGACCACAGUUGGCUACGUGAUACAGAAAUGGGACCCCUUUCUGCCAAAAUUCACUAUCAGGAACGAGAGCAAUGAAGAUGUGCUGAAGAUCAUAGGUCCCUAUGCAACGUGUGGUUGCUUGGGAGAUGUUGACUUUGAGGUAAAAUCUCUAAAUGAGACAUCUACAAUUGGAAAGAUUUCUAAGUAUUGGUCUGGUUUUGUCAAUAAUAUAUUUACCAAUACAGCCAACUUUGGUAUCCAGGUUCCUGUAGAUCUAGAUGUAAAAAUCAAAGCAGUAAUGAUUGGUGCUUGCUUCCUUAUAGACUUAAUGUUCUUUGAGAACUCUUUAGACGGAUUGUAACAAGGAAGAUGACAGAAACAAUGAAAUAUGCAAACGACAGUGUAAGGAAGAACGAAACAUAAAUUGGAUGCCUGUCCUUUGAAGACGUCUAUGAAAGACACUUCCUAAUUCUUUUUCAUUUUCUUCCAGUCAUCCCUUGAGUUUUGGAUGUCCCCUUAGAACUAUACAAUGCUAAGGUUUGGGCAAAGGGGAAAAAGGGUGGGUGGAGGUGUUGAUGUUUAUUAAAUGAUAACUGAUGUAAAGAAUUGUUUUCUCAUUUUAAUUGUGUGGACUGUGACUAAACACGCAGUUUUACAGACAAGGAGAGCUCGAGAGCAGCAUCGCUUUGAAGUGCUGCAAUUCUCGUUGGGCCUGUUUGAUGUCUUUGCGUCAGAAAGCAUGAAAGAUCAGAACGAAGACAGGAAGCUGCCGUGAUGAAAAGUCUUUACUUACCAAUCCUUUUGAAGUUUGGGGGCGCCUUGGUCCUGGCUAUUAAUGAAAAAGAAGAAGAGAAAAAGAUGGGUUUAUUUCAUUGCAUCCCAAGAAGCUUUCUGAUUUAGAGUUCAAUUAGCACUAACUAACAGAGAUAUCAUCCACUGGGAAAGCUAAA